AUGUCACAUAAGAGCUGGAUUUUUGAAAUUCUAUGCAAAUCCCCAAUAGAUCUCGAUAUUAUUGUUGACCGUUAUGAAUUAACGAAAUUUCGAACCGAAUAUACAUCAGUUGGUGUUAAAUAUACAUAUCGAUGUGCGUCGUACAAAAAACUUCCAUCGUUCGCUAUGCAGCUACAAGCAAAACAAUUGAGCAUGACCGAUGUCGAUACAUUUGAAAUGUCCAAAGUCCGUAAACACGAUCAUAUAAAACAAGCGUUGGCAACAUGCGUUUCAUCAUUUAUUCGAGACGAUGGCACACACAAAUUACCGAAUAAUCGUGUGCCACUUGGAAAAAAAAUAAGAGGACGACCAAAAAAACAAGUUCAGUUCAGUUCAGUUUAUUUACAAAAAGUCAUGAGUAGCACAAAUUGUAAACAUGGUCAGUACAAAAUAUCUCAAAGAGAAUUUUGUUCACAACAAACAUCAUCUGGUUUAAAAUUGCUAUAUCGUUGUUCAUCAUAUAAGAAAUAUCCUGAUUGCGAUUUUCAAAUACAAGCAACAAUUGAUGAUUUUAAACAAAUUUCAGUUAAUACAUCCAAGCAACAUAAUCAUGAUGCUCGUGCUGCUUCCAGUCGUGUACCAUCACAUAGAGGUGAGAUUGUUAAAAAAUCAGUUGUUGCAAAACUUACAAAAUCUCAGGCACGUUUGACUAUACAAAAUGAACAUUCUGAAACAGUACCAUCCUCACAAUUCACAAGUUUAUUACUCCUUCAUCGAUCAUUAUCUCGUCCUGCCAUUUAUUCGGUUGAUGAUCUUUUCAAAUCAAUCAAAUGCGUUCUCUUUUCUAUCCCAAUUAAUUUGCGUUCGUCCAAAAAUUCAAAACGAUCUCUUUUCAAUCUAACUGCGUGA